AUGACAACCGGUAGGUGUGUUAUUGCAAACAUUUCUGUGGGACCAAAGACCGUCUGGUCUGCACCGAAAAAGUCUCACCAUCAAAAUGAGCACAUUUUCUCAAUCUCUCCACCGGAGUUGCCCUCCUGUGGAAAGACGUCGACCAGCUUUAGAUUGAAACAUGAGCAUCGAAAGUGGACGUUGCGCCUCAGGGUCAGUGUUGCCAAGACCUGUCCCAUCACUCAGCUUGGACAAGUUUCAAACUUCCUGCGAGAACUCGAACUCAAGCCGCUCAAGUUCACAGGCGAUCUCUCCAACUAUUCAGGUGUAAUGACAAAGCCUCAUCAGGGGUCGGAACUCACCCGCCACUCGUCGCCGGUCCACGAUGUGAAGCCAAAAUCGGCAGGCUUCUUGAGCACUGGCCGCAGGUUUGAGUCCCGUCACAUGAGGUCCGCGCAAACUGGCCGCUUCAUGCCGAGGAAACGGCCAAAUAUUCUCACUGUUCCAGUUGGACUACUGUUCACCAUCUGCUGGGGCUAUCUCAUCGAAGAGCAGGACGUCACAUCACCAAGGCCUCAAAGCAGACGCCUUCAUUACGCUUGA